CAUUUGGACGCCAUGGAGGCUCUUGAAGACCCAUUACAGCUCCAGAUAGCUCUGGCAUACGAUAAUCGGGCAUUUUGGUGAUGUUCCUGUCAUCCCUCGGCUCAUGCAGAAGUUUCCCCGCAGGGGUUCGGCCGAGACGAAAGAGGUUAGAGGUUUUACUGCACCUACACGUUUCCCAUGAAUAAAUGCACAAAACAAAGUUUAUUUCAGCUUCGAAUUCUUAAUUGUUUGAAGUUGGUCUCUUCUCUGAAGCCUCCUUUGUAAAGAAUUGGAUCAUUUUCCAGCUUCAUUGAAUCCGCUUCCCCGCCUUGCUCCAAGAGAUUUCAGUGACUAGUCAACAGUCAACAUGCCUUCUAAAUACCAAGACAUAAUCCUAGAAAUCACCGGCCAAAUCGGGGUGAUCAAGUUGAACCGCCCCAAAAGCCUCAACGCAUUCGGCGGCAAACUGAUGCAAGAAACCAUCUCUGCAAUACGAGAACUGAACGAGCACCCCGAUACAGUCUUCACCGUCCUAACCGGAGAAGGGAGAUUCUUCUCUGCUGGUGCUGAUGUGAGAGGAUCCGGACUCGAAACCUCUGAGAACUAUGCCUCGAAAGCAGAAAAGAAGAUUGCCUAUUUGGCGAUGUCUGCGCCUGCAAUCGAAAUGCUCCGCUCCAUAAUCGACCACACGAAAAUCUUCGUCCUUGCUCUUAACGGUCCGGGGGUUGGGGGAGGCGCAGCCUGGUUUACAGGUGUUUCCGACAUAGUUCUAGCCUCCUCUUCCGCAUAUCUGCAAGUGCCAUUUUCCGCCCUCGGACUCGUGCCUGAAAACGGAUCUGCGAUCAACUUUUCGCAAUCCAUGGGUGUGCAUCGGACGAAUGAGUUCUUGAUGUUUGGGAAGAAGUUAAGUGCUCAAGAGCUCGAGCAAUAUGGAAUGGUGAACCGAGUCUUUGAGUCGAAGGGUGAGGAUUUUCAGAAACAGGUUAGAGAGUAUUUGGAGGAGCAGUUAAGCGUCAAUGAUGGGAAGAGUAUGAUGGAGAUGAAGAGGUUGCAGAAUGCGCCGUUGAGGGAUGGGAGGUUGGUUGCUGUGUGGAAUAGCAUGGAUGCUCUGGCAGAGAGAUUCGUUGAUGGGGCUCCGUAUAGAAGGUUUGAAAUUAAGAAGAGGGAGUUGGAAGCGAAAUCUAUGAGCCGAGCUUCGAAAAUCUAGACGAAAUGAUAUUUGACCUUAGAGAGUAAAGUUUUGCUAUCAUCAAAUCCCUCCUUGCAUUCUUCAUCCUCAGAUCUACAUGUUGGCCAAUCCGCCGCACCACUCAUCAACCAGCACGGACGAGCGUCCUUGUCCAGAGAUUUCUGUAUAGCA